AUGCAGAUUGCCUCUGUCUCUGGUUUUAGCCUUCUUUUGGGAAUGUCAAGCGCAUUGGAAACUCUAUGUGGGCAAGCUUAUGGCGCAGAACAAUAUCAAAAACUUGGAAUUCUAACUCAAACCGCAAUAUUCAGUUUAAUCUUAGUUUGCAUUCCAAUUUCUAUAAUAUGGAUAUUCAUGGGAAAGGUUCUUGUUUCGAUCGGGCAAGACCCGAUAAUUUCAUAUGCUGCUGGUAAAUUUAUACUAUGGCUUCUUCCUGCACUCUUCGGCCAUGCGAUUCUUCAGCCACUUAUUCGAUAUUUUCAAAUGCAAAGCCUGAUAAAACCUAUGUUGAUUAGUUCUUGUAUAACUCUGUGUUUCCAUAUACCUGUGUGUUGGGUAUUAGUAUUUAAGUCGGGACUCGAAAAUGUUGGAGCUGCAUUAGCAAUGUGUAUUUCAAUCUGGGUGAAUGUGAUCGUCCUUGGACUAUUCAUGAAAUACUCUUCUGCUUGUGAUGAAACUCGUGCCCCGAUUUCUAUGGAGUUAUUCCAUGGGAUUGGAGAAUUCUUUCGCUUCGCUAUCCCUUCUGCGGCAAUGGCAUGCCUCGAAUGGUGGACAUUUGAGCUAGUUAUCUUGCUCUCAGGACUCUUACCAAAUCCACAGCUUGAAACUUCUGUUUUAUCCGUCUGUCUUGCAACUCUUAACACACUCUAUGCAAUACCGUUUGGGUUCGGUGCUGCAGUAAGCACAAGAGUGUCGAAUGAAUUAGGAGCAGGGAAGCCACAAGCUGCUCAGAUUGCUGUUUAUGUUGUAAUGUUUCUUGUCGUAGUGCAAACAACUAUAGUAAGUAGUGCACUAUUUGCCAGCCGUCGUGUAUUCGGUUACAUUUUCAGCAACGAAAAGGAAGUAGUGGAUUACGUUACAACCAUCUCUCCUCUGGUUUGUUUGUCAUUUGCAAUGAGCAGCUUGGAAGCAGUGCUUUCAGGAAUUGCAAGGGGGAGUGGAUGGCAGCAUAUAGGAGCUUAUGUCAAUCUAGGCGCCUUCUAUGUUUUUGGGAUUCCGGUUGCUGCUUUUUUGGGUUUCGGGUUAAAGUUAAGAGGUGUAGGCCUUUGGGUUGGUGUACAAGUUGGCGCCUUUGUACAAGUACUUCUACUUUCUAUUGUUACAGGUUGUGUUAAUUGGGAAAAACAGGCAAGGAAUGCAAGAGAAAUAGUCGGUAAAGGUAAUUGUUCCAUUGAUAAUGGAACAAUGUGAAUUGCAAGAUACACUUUAGGAAUUACAUUUACGUUUUGCCAAAUGAAUUUGAUAAUGGAAAAAUGUGAAUUUCAAGAUACUCUUCCUCUUGUUCACCACAUAUUUUUAUAUUAUUGAGUUGAACAUCUAAUUA